AUGCCCGCGACACUGGAGGGACAAAUCACUAUGGAAAAGACGCCAUCGUACUGGGUAACAAAAUCAGCACCCAAACGUGUUUAUGCAAUGAAUCCAGCUGUAAAACUUAUAGCCGUUGUGAGAGAUCCUGUUACUCGUGCAAUAAGUGAUUAUACUCAAUCUGCCAGUAAACGGUCAGGGCUACCCCGUUUUGAGGAUUUCGUCCUGCUUAACACUUCUGCACAGUGGGGUGGCUCGUGGUCAAUAGAUGCAUCAUGGCCGCCAGUAAGACUUGGCAUAUACGCCCGCCCCUAUCGCAGAUGGUUACGAAGAUUUCCCAAAUCAAGACUUCUACUUAUUAAUGGUGAAAGAUUAGUCGCUGAUCCAGCCGCUGAAAUGGCGAGGGUACAGGAUUUUCUUGGUCUGAAGCGUGUUAUAACAGAUAAACAUUUCUACUUCAAUUCAACGAAAGGCUUUCCGUGUCUCCUGAAAUCUGAAAGCAAGGCAGUACCGCACUGCCUUGGAAAAACGAAGGGAAGAAAUCACCCCCAAAUAAACGUAUCAGUUAUUAAACGACUGCGGGAGUUUUAUAAACCACAUAAUGAAAAAUUCUAUCAGCUUUCUGGCAUACAUUUUAGAUGGCCUUAA